AUGAAGACGGCGGCGGCUUAUGAGGCGACUUUGGAAGGCGGCACCGGCCGGUUACUCGAUGGCGGCGGCAGGAGGUGCGUGGUUGCUGUGCGGCAGCGAAAAACUCCAUGUUCGACGGUGGAAGGGUGGAGCUCCCGUUGGCCUUUUUCUACGGUGGAGAUGAGUUCUCCAGUGGUGGCCGUUGUCGGCCAGCGACUCAGAUCUCAAAAAACAUACAACUCGCACGCACCUAACCCUAGCCUCCACACACUACAAGACCGGCGACUCAGCCUCUCCCCACCGAUUCUUCGACCUCCGCCGAUGCCUCCACCUCUAACCUCCACGUCCGGUCUCCGGCGGCCUCCGCCUCCAGCCUCCUCCGCGGGCCUCCACCUUCGAAUCUUACAUACGCUCUUUGAUAUACGCUCUUCGGAUCUUGCUAUGGGUUAA